CUGUCAAGUGCAGUCAAGUGUCAUUAAAAAUUUAACGAAAACAGCUAUGGAUGGCUUAAUAUUGUGUAAAAAGAUAAAUUAAAACAAAUUAGGAGAAGUACUUGUUUUAUUCAUUACUUUAAAUCACUCACAUAAUAUUAUUAGUCAGUAAAUUUUAAGUUUUAAUCAUACAACCUUUAUUUCUUAACAUUGUGAGUUUGGUGUUUAUUAAAGGAAAAUGCCAAGAAAAAGAACACGAAGAUGCAAAGUGAUUGUUAAUUAUCGCAUAUCUGAUGAUGAUGAAGAUGAUAAUAGCCCGAAAAGACGUAAAGUUGCUAAACCUCAGAUUCAAGAACAACAGAAACGGAACAAAGAAAUAAAAUAUUACAUCUCCUCGGAUUCUGAAGAAGAACCACAAAAUAGUGUUACCGUUGUGGAAACUGAUGAUACCAAGAAUAUAGAGUCUGAUAAUGUUGAUUUAAUAACGGAGGUGCAACAAUUGGCUGCAAAAUCCGCAGCUAUUUGUGAAGAAUUGAUGAAGAGGUCGAAACAGUACACGAAUGAAGUUACAACAAGUAAUGAAGAACAAAUGAAUUUCCAAACUGCUGGAGUUGUUGAUCUAACUAAUGUUUUGGAAACGAAACAUGUUGAUAAUAAAGGACUCAAAAAUAAUAAUUUGGAAUCUCAAGAUGUUGUGGUAAGAUAAAUUAAAUUUAGUGGC